CGGAGAAGGGACGGCGACGAGAAAAAGGAAAGAAAAAAAGGGGGGGGGGAGAGGCUACGAUUGAGGGACUUUUAACGUCACUGGCAUUAAGAGCCCCUCCGCUGGCUGCGGUGCUAAAAGAGAGUUUCCAGAACUCCUGUUUUCUCUCCGGCAAGUUUUCUUCAGUGGAAAAAAAAAAGACUUAAGAAAAUUCAGAAAGGCGACAAUCUGUGUGGUUUCCUCGCCACCCCCUCCAGGACAGGGAGAAAAGCUAUGGUAAACUUAGACAGCAUAGUAAAAAGCAGAGACAUCACCCUGCCAACAAAAGUGCGUAUAGUCAAGGCUAUGGUUUUUCCAGUUGCAAUGUAUGGCUGUGAAAGUUGGACCAUAAGGAAGACUGAGCCCCAAAGAAUUGAAGCCUUUGAACUACGAUGCUGAAGAAGACUCCUGCGAGUCCCUUGGACUGCAAGACGAUCAAACCAGUCAGUCUUAGAGGAGAUCAACCCUGACUGCUCUUUAGAAGGAUGCUGUGUGGCAACAAUCCAGGCUCGGGACAUGAGAUGUGAGACUCCCACUGUGGCCCUUGUUACUUGCUGCCCCCAUGGUUUUGCUGCUUCUUACAAAAGAAAUUGAGAAAUUGAGAAAGAGAGAUGGUGGAAGACGGAUCAGCUCAAUAAUAUUGAUUUUCCAGCUUUGCACACAUUGAGUCAGACAAGUGCAAACACUGUUUUAAUGACCAUUGCUGUUCAAAGAGAGAAACCGGGAUGCUCCUUCAAACCUUCAAGAAAAAAAUCAGAUAAGUAGCUACAUGAAAACUCUGAAAGGUCACUAUCAAAUUGGACCGGGGAGAACAGUGCAAAUUAGGCAACAUUGUCCUGGAAGAAACCCAGAAGUUCCACGAUAGACCUAUUUUUUUAAAUUCUUUGUUAAAUAGUCUAGAAGAAAGAAGAACAGCGAAAGAAAACAUAAGCAAUGGGGGCUGCAGGUGUGUGACCAUUCUUAAGUUACACCCGUACACUUCCAGAUUAACAUCAACCUUUUCUGAAGGACACAUUGAAUUUCUGGGUUGGGUUUUUGUCAAUUGGCCAGGAAAUGAGUCUUGGAAAGCUACCCGUGAUUGGCUGGGUGUCUGGCUCACACAGCAAACGUCGAUUCAAAACAGAGUUGACCCCAGACAUGAUCAGCCCACCACUGGGGGACUUUCGUCACACCAUGCAUGUGGGACGUGGUGGUGAUGCCUUUGGAGACACCUCUUUCCUUAGGAACCAUGGUGGAGAGGAAGUCAAACCCCACAAUUUCUUUGCUCGGACAUUGUGGCAUGUCAGGAGGAGCCCGCUAAGGAACCGGGGAAGCCGAAACAGGGAUCAGGGCUCUUCUGCACCUCCUGCCAUCUCACCCAUCAUCAAGAAUGCCGUGUCACUGCCUCAGCUCAAUCAGAGUCACUAUGACAGCGAUGAUCUUGGUGUAGCAUUUGCCUUCAAGAAACCCCCAACGAGCUUCUCUGACUAUGGAUUAGAAUCUGGAUUCUGCACCAUUCCACGUGUUCCCCGGUCUGAGAAGCCUCCUGAGAGCUGCCAUCCUGCUGAGUCGGCAUUGCAGCGUUCAGAUUCCUUGCUGUCUUUCCGCCUGGAUCUUGGCCCCUCUCUCAUGAGCGAACUUCUUCAUGUCAUCAGCUUCUCAGGAAGCAACAGCUUUGACUGCAAGGAAAAGAAAGAAAGCGAAGAGAGUAAACGCCCAAGCAGCAGUGAGUCUCAUUCUUCCCUUCAUAUCAAGAGCAACUGGUCAGAGGAUUCACUACCUGAGAAGUCAGAAUCUCGUCAUGGUAAUGGUGAAGAAAGCCAAAACGUAUCGAGCCUUUUGGAUUACUCCGAGCUUAGAUCACCCUUGGGACAUUUGGCCUAUGCCAAUGGAGAUUCUCAUUCUAUAGAGAUGUCUGAGGAAGGAUCUCCCUGUUUGAGAAGCCGGAGUUCUAGUUCUGAACUGGAGGCAGUGCCAAAAGAGACCUAUGGGCAAAAAGGGCACCACAAGGACUGUAAUAUGGAAGCAAGAGAAUUCAACCAUGCUGCCCGUGUCUUAGCAUGCCAUUAUGGGGCAGGAAGCACCUACUGCAGUCCAUCUCCCCAAGAAGAUCGAAGGAGACAAGCCUCAUGGGAAAGCCCAACUGCCAACUCAUGGAACUUGAAAGUAGGUGCACCUGAGCAACAGGAAUAUUCUACUGGGUGGCGACAAAGGGGAGAAAAUGUGGAGGAGGAGGAGGACGAGGAGAACCACAGCAAGUCUGACAGUGAUGAAGAAACCAUUGUUAGAGAGGGACACAGUGAUUCCUUUGACUAUGUUGAUGAGGAGGAUGAAGAUGAAGUUAAGGUUUGAACGGACAUACAUGUUCUCUUGUGGCCUCUUAGGAGAUAUCAGAGCAAAAUGAGACAAUGUAAAGCUAUCUGGCAUUCUGGAUAUGUGCAGAUUCACAAGGUUAGCCUUCUUUCCAGAUGAUAAGUUCUAUAGAGUGAUAAGUUCUAUCACACUUACAGAGUGCCAGGCUAGGAAAGGCAGAUGGAGGACCGAAGUCAUUUCUCUACCUUGGUCUCUCUCCUCCUCCUUGCUUUGUGGGUUUAAAAAAAGAAAUAGAAAAAAGGAACAAUUUAGAACAAACAAAAAAGUAUUAAUUGCUGACAGUUAAAGAUGCUUAUGACUUCACAUGCUCCUUCCUUUCCCACUGGCUGAUUGAUUUCAUCAUAACAGAUGAUACCAUUAUUUUUCCAUUCCCUAGAAAUAAAAACAUUUAUACUUAAGAAUAGAGACCACUGAGACCUUUCAUAUAUCUAUCAAAUAACUAUCAGGAAAAAUGCCACUUAAAAAAGAAGAGUCUAGAAAAGGGAAGAGAAACCGUACCUCCAUUGGGACAAUAUUCUCCUAACAGCCUUGCGCUGAAAAUAAAGAUCAACUCAACUAUUUUUCCAAUCCAAGAUACUGGGACACCAGAUAGGCAGGAUGGUUCCUCUCCUCUUUUUACAAGAAAUACAAAAUUUGGAUUGGAUCUGAAACCAGUUCAUCAGCACCCUGUCCAUUUUUCCUGCAUCAGAACUCUGAUUGAGAUGGGAUUAUUAUUUGUUGUUUAUUAUACACCCUCAGAAGGAAAUGCAAUCUUAGUCUUCCAACUGAUAGCAUUCCAGGGAAAUCUCUAUGUUAAGCUUGCUGUUGUUUUAUAUACUUCCAGAGAGUGCACAGAAUUCAGUUUAUGUUAUGGAUCUAGUUUACUGACAUGGGAGGGCUGAAAUAUAACUUUCCAUCCUGUAUCUCCUAAUUCAGGCAUUGGCAACGCAAAAACCUAAGUAACAGCUUGUUUCUAGCACUUACAGCUUUGCACAGCUACUGCAGCAGUUUAUCCACAGUGCUUGUUCAGGAAGAAAAGGAAAUUAUUUCUUAAGGUAAAAUCAGAUUCUGAAACAGGGCUGCUUUUCAUGCUUCCAUGUUCCAAGAGGACAGUUUACACGUUGCCUUGGGAAGCCUUCCAGGUAGCCCCUGGAUUUGCUGCUAGUGCCAUAUACAAGGCUGUUGCUUAGCUGAGAAAGAGGCUGAGUACUGCACAAUCCCUGCAAUGAUUCCACUUCACAAUUACGAUCUAUAGCGUGGCUUAAACAGGGAGGACAGCAUGCAUAAAGUCAUCCUUGUCUGUUUCCCUUUUCAUUUAAACCUCGUGGGUCUGCUACCCUGCACAACUGCAUAUUCUUGGAAGCAACUCUUCUCCAUACUAGAGAAAGAGGGUCAAUGAAAUCUAAAAAGGCAGCUUUGCAUGUCUUCGGCCAAAUGCUCUACCAACAUUAGGGUACGUGGUGGCUCAGUGGCUAAGACACUGACCUUGUCAAUCAAAAGGUCGGCAGUUCAGCAGUUCAAAUCCCUAGUGCCACAUAACGGCAUGGGCUCCGGUUACUUUUCCCAGCUUCUGCCAACCUAGCAGUUCAAAAGCACAUAAAAAAUGCAAGUAGAAAAAUAGGGACCCCCUUUGGUGGGAAGGUAACAGCGUUCUGUGUGCCUCUGGCGUUUAGUCAUGCCGGCCACAGGACCAAGGAGGCGUCUUCGGACAGCGCUGGCUCUUCGGCUUUGAAAUGGAGAUGAGCACCAACCCCUAGAGUCGGGAACGACUAGCACAUAUGUGCGAGGGGAAUCUUUACCUUCUACCAAUAUACUUCUGCACUUCUGCCCACUGAUAUAAAUAACUUUCAUUGAUCAGGCAAUACUCUGACUCCCCCUUUGCCUCAAAGACCAUUCAGAUAACCAUAAGUUAUAUACCAGGGGUGUCCAAAGUUUUUUUGGUGAGGGCCAAAUACAGAAAAAUAAGCAAAGGCCCGGGCCACACC